AUGCUAUAGGGAUUUUGCUUUGUUUCAAUGUAUUAGCCAAGCUUUACUUUAAACAUAAAGAUAUAAAGAUUAGUAUUGCUAAUAUAUUAUUGCCAAACACUAACUUUAGCUUUUCCAUUGGAUGGUUGGAAUUUAUGGACUUAUAAGGAUGGAGCUUUUAGGAUGACCAAAAAUUUAUUAAACAUGUUCUUAAUUUUUCCAUAUGUCAAUGAGGUUAAAUCAUCAACAUUAAUCUAUGUUUUGACACUACUAUUCUCUUUAUUUAACAUUUUCAUGCUGUUAACAAUAUUUUUGAUUGCCAAAUUUAAAAAUAAACUUUCAUUUAUGCUAACUUUCACAUAUUGGUAUUUAGUUAUUGUACCUAAACUGUUUUUUAUGCCUCAGUUGUUCAUAUUUAUAGGAUCUCUAUCCUUUAGUUAAAGAGCUCUAUUGUAUUCAGAAUUUUAAUUUCAUGCAUUUUUGCCUAUAAGUGGAGUAGGAUUAUUAAUUGUGUCUUUCUUUUGUUUUUUUAGUAGCUACUUUAUUCGAAGCACCAAAUUGCAACAAGAUAAUGGAUUAAUAUAAAAAUUUAGUAUGCUCUUAUUUAUUGAAUAAUGUCUCAACGUCAUUAUUACUUGUUUGUAUUUUCAAAAUAGAAGCGCGUUCAAUAAUGUGGUACAAUUAUUAAUGAUGCAUCUCUAUUACUUAUCCUAAUUCAUCAACGCAUUUUAUGUGGGAACCUUCCCUCCCCACUUAUCCAAAUUCUGUCUAAUAUUGAUUUCCUCGUGCCAAAGCCUUCUCAUAGUUAUAACAAUAAAUUUAGCAUCAUCAAACAAUCUGAUAUCAGAAGAACAAAUAUUAAUAAUGUGGUUGAUUUUUAUGACUUUUUCGGUUUCAAUAAGCACAAUAUUAAAUGACAGGAAAUAAAUUAAACUGCUUUUCAAACAAACAAAUGUCUUUGAACUAUAGGAGUUUGUCCAAUACGUUUAUUAUAUGAUGCCAGAAUUAACAAAUAAAGAUUUCAAAAUUUAGAAUCGAUUUAUUUAUUGUAUUUUUAUUCAAAACCAUGAAAAAUAAUGCCUAAACUGUUAAAAGAUUAGAUAAAGCAAGAAUAAGGUUGCUUCUAAAUUUGUAUUUACUAAUGUACUGUAUUGCAUAAUAAAGGAACAUCUUGGAGUUUUAAAAAUGGUCUCUAGGUCUGAGUAUGAAUAAUUUGAGAUAUACUAUGCAGAUUUUUUAAAUAAAAUCAAAAAACAACCUCUAUUGUCAUUUGUCGAAUUGAAAGUCUACUAAUUACAAAAUUCAAAGCCAUCGUUUUAUUUUAAAAAUACAAUUUCUUACUUUUUUGAGGAGCUUAAAAAAAUCAUUCUUGACACAAGAGUGUAAUUUCAUUCAAAUCAUCAUAAUUUUGAAGAAAACUCCCUUGAAAUUAAGGAUAUCAUAUAGGCGUAUUCAAUAGAAGAAUACAUGUUACCAAAAAUAAUUGAACUUAUAGAUCAGAAAAUAAGAAUUUGGAAUGAAUAGAUAAAUGGCUUAGAUUCUAUUUAUGAUUUAGAAUAAUUGAUUGUAAAUUAUUCCAGUAAAAUAUUAAGUUGUUAAGAUUUAUUGGAACAAAGGUUGUAAUUAGAUUUGCUGAAUUUCAAUUAAAUCUAAAAGGCUAGAAAUGUCAUCGAAUUGAGGGUUGCAUCAAUAUUUCACUUGAUAAUUCUAAAUGAUUUCUAUAGUUCCCUUUAAUGUGAAUAAUAAAUAUCUGAAGUAUUGGCAAUGGAGAAUUCGCUUCCAAAUGAUGUGAUUAGUAACAUUGACAUCCUAUAAGAUAACUUAUGUUUAAUAAUGGUUAGCAUGGUGAAGAACAGAGGAUAUAUCAAGAAUACUAAAAAGAAUUAUAUUGCCAAUUACUUCGGAUUAGAUGUUAAAGAAGUAGAAAGCAUAAAUCAUAUUAAUUUAUUCAUUCCUCAAUUUAUUGCUGAUAUCCAUGAAUAAUUUCUAUAGUCUUACUUAGAAACAGCAUAGUCACCACUAUUUAAUUAAUAUUAAAUUGUAUUUAGUAAAUUUAAGAAUGAAUUUGUUUAGCCAUAAUAAUUAAAAUUAGAAAAUAACUUUGAUUUUUACGAUGAUUACGUUGUCACAGGAUGUUUAUCGAAAGUGAAAGAAACAUCAGAGUUUGUAUUAUUCGAUGAAAAUGGCAAGGUUCUCUCAGUGACUUAAGGAUUUUAUACAGAUAUAAUUUAACCAGCAUUUCAAGAAGAAUUAACUGCUUAAACAAUAAAUUAGGCUUACAUAUUCUUAUUUUUUAUAAAUAUAUUUUCUAUUUUAGAUUAGUAAAAGGAUAAUAUCAAUUUAUCAGAGUUUCUUUAAGUAGAGCUUAUGACCACUAUAACCAUUUUUGAAGAUUUAUCCAAAAUAAUCUAAUUCUUUUGUGAAAAUAAAUUAUCCAACACAACCUCAUUAGCAUAUUCAUUAAGAAAGAGUAUGUAAAAAACUGCGCUUAUGUCAUAGACUAAGACAUACACAACUAAGAAAUAAAGAGAAAAUAUUUAAACCGGAAGGUAUUAUGUAAACAAUAGUGUGAAAAUAUCUGAUGAUAUCUAAUUAUUUUGUUCCUAGUUUAGAACUUAGGUGUCAGAACUUCUGCAAUAAUUUAAUAAAUUCUCAUCUGUUUAGUAUCAUUCUAAAAUAUCAUUAUAAUAUAGAACUAUAGGCAAAAAGUCAGCCUAGAGAUCAUAUUUUAUAAUUGAGAUUUUAGAUUAUAGGAAAAAAGUUGCAAAUGCAACCUCCUCAGUGAUUUCAAAGCAAUUUGACAGCAUAUAUAAUAAUAAGAAUUUUAGUAGUGUACUAACAGAUAUUACAACGAGCGAGAGAAUAGUCCAAAAGGAUGAAUAUAGACCUAAUGAAAUCAUUGGGAAUAGUUUUAAUCAUUUAUUGAGUGACAGAGAGUAGUUGUUUGGAGUGCUGAAUUAAUCGUUUUAAGAGAGUUAGAGUUUUGGUCCACUCUCUUAAAGAGCAAACUUUAUAUCUCCUCGAUAACAUAAUUUAGAUGAUGAAUUAAGAAAAUUAGAACUUGAGUUUUAAGACAUUAGAGUUAGUUUUAAUGGUGGGGCUAUGGUACAAUAAUAUGCGGGAGAGGAGAAAGAAGAGGAGGAUUACAAUAAUGAAUCCAAAUCAAAUAAACCAUAGAAGUCAAGCAGCGAAAAACGUUAAGAUAAGAGUUAUAAAAUGCUGAAAUUGUUAACAACCUACAAAGACAAAGGCAUUAUCAAAGAGAGGGAUGAUCAUUAAUCCUAUUCUAGCAAAACCUCAGGAACUUCAAAAACAUAGUACAUAUCCAUAAUAAAAAACUUUCAACACUCUAAAAUUAUGAUCACCAGUCUAAAAAUCAUUUUAACUUUGACAUUAAUACUAUUCCUUUGUGCCUUGUCGACCAUUGUCAUCAAUACUUAAGUCAUAAAAUAACAAAUCUCAGAGAUCGUAGAUAGUAGUUAUUCACUCAAUGCUCCACUAUUUUUCAAUAGGUAUUUCUUUUAAAGUUAUGCUUUAUCAUGGACCUUACUUAUGAAUGGACUUAAAAUUGUAAAGCAUAGUGAUUUUCUAAUUAAUCAAACUUUCUCAACUCUUAAGCAUUAGGGAAAUGAAACAUUCGAAAAUCUGGGCGUUAUGUACCCCAAAUUCAUUGAGAUUGAAAAUAUGGGAUUAUUAAAUAACAUCAGCAUUUAGCUGCUCGGUUUUCCAAGAAAAACUGUCUCUUACACAGAAUUUAUUAACAGCAUAUAAAACACGCUUUAAUACUUUUUUUAGAUCAAAUAUUUUUCAGAUGAAGCCACUGAUUAAGUCUUAGAUAUAGAUUAUAUUAAUUCUGUUAUCACACUUAGAUAUAAUUUAAAAUAUGUAUUCGAUAUGAAUAAGGAAUUAAUUCAAUCAUUGGAUCUUAUGAGUUAGAACAUUAUUAAAGAUGGAGGAAAAGAAUUGUAAUCACUAACAAUAGCAGAAAUAUGUUUUAUCUUUUUUAUCCACUUUGUGUCAUUGUUUUUUUGGAAUAAGACUGAGAGUUAGAAACAAUAAAUUCUAUUAAUAAAUGGAAGGCUUUAAGAGAAUUCCGUAAAUGAUCUGAUCUAUAGGCAUCUAAAUAUCAAAUCCAUAUUGUAAUCAACAGAUUUAAAAAAGAAUAAUUGGAAAAAAUAACAAGUUUGCUUGAUAUUUUAGUAAACUAUGGAUAAUUAAGAAGCCAAAUAAUAGUAUUUAGAUUAAAGAUACAAUUAGCUUAAUAAGACUAAAAAUGACUAAAAUAAAAAAAAAGGAUAAGUUGGUAUGCUCAAUUCCAGAUUAAGAGACACAUCUUAUUCCAUUAAGAAAUAUAUUUGUUAUAAUUUGGUAGUUUUCCUGAUAAUAGCUAGUUUCUUAUUAGGAGGCUAUUUCUAUUAAAGUUCAUUAAUGAAUAAUCUUAUUCCUUAAUAAAAAUUAACUUUAAACUUUGUUAGAUUUUCAUCUUACCUUGACACUCUAAUAACAACUGGUUUGGUCCUUAAAACUUAACCUUAAGUGUAUCCUGGACUUAUUGCACAUAAAUUUUAUACUCAAGCUCAGUUUAAUAGAUAUAGGGAUCCAUUAAAAUAAUUGUUUCACAUGUUUUUGGAUGUUUAUGAGACUUACGAUUAAAACUUAACAGAAAUCUAUGAAGGUAUUUUAUUUUCAAAAGACAUUGAUGAUACAAAGAAAGAACUAUUAUUAGGAUUGUAUGAAAGUGAUAUUUGCUAAAUGAUAACCGAGAAAAUUCCAUUUUGUUAAUAUGAAUAAUUAGGAGAGUUGAAUUUUAUUUAAAAAUAUUCUUAAUAUUCUUAUUAAGACAAUAAUCGUGAUUACCUUGAAAAUGGUCUUGUGGGGAUUACAAGUAGCAUUAGUUAUUUUAUGAAAACAAAUUAUGAUUAUGAAAUCGCUACCAUUGAAUAUGCCACAGAUAUGAACGAACUUAGUGACUUAUACAAAACAAAGGAAUUUACGAAUAUAAUCUUAGAGCAUUACAGUUCAACGAAAGAGACUACAUAAUAGAUGCUAGAAAUCAUACUGUCUUCAAAUGAAAUAAUAUUGGAUGAGUACUUGAAACUUAUUACUAUUUAUUAUGGAUUGAUAGGAUCGGCAUUAUUAGUUCUAUUCGCCUUUUUUUAUUAUCGAUUAUUGGAUCUAACAGAUGAUAAUUUUAUCCAUUUAAGAUUAGGAUUGACCUUGGUUCCUAUUGAAGUGAUUACAGAUCAAUACAACAUCUAAUUGAUAAAAUAAUUAAAUUGA